AUGAGUGAUUCGACGUUAUCUAAAAUAAGUGAAUUGAUCAAGUUGGAGGAUGAUCUUGUCAAAAUUGGUACUAUUCGUCAACAAUUCCUUAAAGAGAAAUCAUCAGUUGAUGUAAAACUUGCCACAGCCACAAACAUUCAAAUGACUGGCAUGCUUCAGAAUGUUGAGAAACUUCAACAAACAAUGGGGAAAUUGGCCACAAUUAAAGGUAAUAUUGGUGAAGUGCAAAAGAUACAUGAGGAUACAAUCAAUUCUGUUAAGGAUUAUGAUACGAUCAAAAAGAUUACCAUUGUAAAUCAGUUUUUAAACCAAACAGCGAGCUUGUAUGAAGAUAUAUCGGGAUUUAAGAAAUUCUUGGACGUGUUGAACCAACAGAUUGAAAAUGAAACAGAAGAAUUGAGAAAUGAUUUGUCAUACCCACUACCUAAUCUUUUUCAAAUUCAUUCUGGAUAUACUCAAGCCCGGAACUUCCUGGAUUAUUUGGAAGUGUAUGCAAGAAACUUGUCGGAUGAUUUGCAAUCCAUUGUUUACAAAGUCGUUUCCCCCAUGAAAAAGACCAUUAAAUUAUUUGACGAAUUACUCCAGGAGGCUAUUUUCAGUUUAACGGAAGUGACAAAAGUCGGGAACUAUACCAAUUUUUUCAACUUGUUUACUGUGUUAACAUGGGAAGAGAAACAGGAUAUGAAGUUGGUGUUACUUACAUCGUUGCAGUUGAACUCAGAAGAUCCCAAAUCAGUCAAUUACAAGACGUUUAGAGGAAGAAGUAGAAACUACAAAAAGUUUUUCUUUGACAAGUUGAAAGCAAAUCUUAAUGAGAUUUUUGAUUCGUGUGUUGAACAUUACAAGCAAGAUAAAGCGUUGGUUUAUACCGAUCUUGAUUGGUUGGAGGAUGAAUUAAGAUUUAUAUUUGAAACAUUGGAUAAAGCAUUCCCUAGUGGAUGGAAGAUCAGUGCAUUUAUUGAAGAAGUGUACUACACCCGACUCCAUCAAUUGACUAUGGAUGUUAUUGAAACUGAUCCACCAGCUGAAGAUUUGUUAAAGAUUUUGCUGUACGAUUCGAAGUAUGGCAAGUUUGUGUCACAGUACAAUGUACAGCAACGAUCAAUUAUUGGUGAAGAGUUGAAGGAGACUGUGUUGGAUGAUUACUUGAAGAACAUCACCAACAAGAUGAAUGAAUGGUACACUAAUUUGAUUGCACAAGAAACCAGAACAUUUUCUGAAAGACCUUCGGCACCAGAAAUAUAUCCGAUCACGCAGGAAAUUGAAGACUUGGAUGCCAAUAACCAAUUGAUAUCUACGCCAAUUGAUCUUAAUGUUUAUGUGUUGCCUGAUUUUAAGAUCCCAUUGACUAUGCUUAAGGAACAAGCCGAUGUGGCUGCUGAUUCGAACUAUGCCAGAAUAUUGGUUGAGGUUAUUGAGAACUGGUCUGCUUGUUAUAUCAAGAGGGUUUCUACAUUCCGCGAACUUGUUGAUGAUGAAAUGGAUAGGUACAUGUCGGUAUUUAGCAAUGAUGACUAUUUGAUCAAAGAAAGCAAAGCCAAGAGAUUGUUUAGAAAAAAGAAACCCCAAGGUGUUGAUUUGGAGAACUUGACUCCGGAGGAGCAAAGUAAAUUGUCAAGAGAAGGUUUAGUUGAGUAUUUGGUUGCGUUGGCCAACUCCUUGGAUAUCAGUGAUGGAAUUUUGAACGACAAGUUUGCGCCAGCAUUCAAAGAGAAGAUCCACACGCUGUAUCAUAAACGAAUCUCACGUGCCAUUGAUGAUGCGUCGGAAAGUUCCAACUCGUUGAUUUCGGAGAUUUUAAGUGCUAUCUGUGACAUUGUUAUGAACGAUUUAACCCCAGCAUUGUGUAAGUUGUUUACUAAGAAAUGGUACGAUGAUGGCAAUUCGCAAACGGGUGAACCAACUAUUGCUGAGUUGAUUGUGGAGACUAUUAGUGAAUAUAUGGGAGAGAUGAGACAGUACUGUUGUUAUCCAGUGUACCAGUUGUUGUUUAGAAUCUUUUUGGAUAAUUUCAUUCCUACGUAUAUUAGAAUUGGAUAUGAAAAUGUAUUACAUGGAGAUGGUAAGAAAGUUGAUCCACAUGCCACUAAAAAGUACAAAUCAUUUAGUGAAGCUAUCCUUCGAGAUGUGGAGACAUUUUUCAGUGGGUUGGACCCGUUGUUUACCAAAAAAGAUGCAGAAUAUUUCUUUUCCUCAUUGCUUGCCAUUGAAAUGUUGCAAGAGUUGGGUACUUGUGAGGUGGAUAAUAUCCAAGAAGCAUGGCAACAUAUGGUUUUGCCCAAGUUUUAUGACUGUUCCAUUGAGUAUAUUAGGGGGAUUUGUUUAUGUAGAAAAGAUAUGGAUAAACAUGCUGUUAAAAGAUUAUUGCCGGUAUUACAGGAUAUAAAGAUUGAUUAUCACCAAAAAGUUGAACCACCAGAAAUCCCAAUUUUCACAUUGAAUGAUUUUGAAUUCCAAGAUUAA